UGGUUAAUAACGAUAUUUUGCAUAUUGGAAGAGGAUAUUCGUAAUCGAUGAAAAUGAAUAUCAGAUUGAUGUUUCAGAGUAGCAAGGCCUCUGGGGUAAGUCCAAGGAUAUGGGUCCAAAGCAGUUACAGCAUCCCAGCAAGAUGAAUAGCCAGGCAGUAAUUGCCUAAGGAGCGUCGCUAUAUUUCAUACUCUACGUGGGCCAUAUUUUAUAAGGCAAUUACCGGAAGUAGGUCGUUUAUCAUUUCAGGAUUUCCAGGAGAAGCGACAACUCUGUUUGCUUCACAUCUGAGAAAUGGCGGUAAGGUCAAAAAUAAUUUCCUAAAAAAAAACUUUAGAUAAUAUUACAGAGGGGAUUCAUUCAACUGAUUCUAAUAUGAUUUUCCGUGUGAAAUCAAAUGUGAUUUCAAUAAAAGUUUUCUCUGAAUUAAUUCCAAGUGAAUCCUACUACUUUAUUUGUAGCGCCAAAUAUGGUGGAUGCGCUUUGGAUAUAGAAAUUUUAUUUGAUCUGAUUUCAAAAGAAAGUGAAAAUUAUAAUUUUGAUACGAUAAUCUGAAUUUGAGAUAUUCAAAACUUGCAUGUAUCAGAAUUAAACAUUAAAUACCAUUCAUAUUUUUGAAAUCAAUUGUACCACCGAAUUUUUGGUAGGACAAUAUCUACUAUUGAUAAUAAAAGUGAAUUGAUGACAGCCUUCAUUCCAACAACUUCUCUGAUUUCUCAAUUUUCGGUUCCAAUCCUAUUUAAUUAGGCCGAGUAUUUCACAAUUAGAUACAACAACACAGGAAGCUUGUUGACUAAUGAGUUUCAUCCAAGAAUUUUAGCACACCUCAACAAAAAGUAUCAACUUUUAGCAGUAUAACGUAUGCUUCGAUGAAGUUCAAUAUACGCGUGUGAAAUGUUCUGAAUAAAAUUCAGUGAUUAAUCAAGGUUGAUUUGUACAAUUAUGGAAAAAAUUGGAACAGAAUCUUCAACGUCUUGCGAUGAAGAAAAAGAUAAAUCUCCUAGUCCAGAACCUUUCAAAGAACCUGAUGGGAUGGUUACUAUUGACCUAGAUAGGCGAAGUCCAUCCCCUCUUUCCAAAUCCACGUUAGAUGUAUCAAAAAAUGAAAAACCUCAUGAUGUUAAGCAUAUAAGAUAUCUAUCGCUCUUAGCAGUGUUAUGUUUAUUAUCUUUCGUGGCAGCAAUUGCUAUACACUGGGAUGAUAUUGGAUGGAUUUCGAAAAAAUUCACAAAUAUCAAUAAAAAUGUAACUUCAUAUCAUAUUCCCACUCCUGCACCAUUCCAAAAAAGCACAUCAACUAUUUCAAUUGAUAUGGAAACUUGUCCUGUUGAUCCAGAGGAAGAAUACAGAAUACACUUAUUGAUGUGUAAAAGAACUAAAACCUUCGAAGACUGCUGUCACAAACAUUUACGAUCAAGACUGCUUCAAAUAGAUGAUGUUUGUUCAGUACUAGAGAUGCUGGAUUUUCUUGUGGAGUAUAAAAAUAUGAUUUUACGCAGGAAAGAAAGAAGCAUUGAUACAAAGUAUAAGGACGAAGAUAUUAAAGAGAAGAAAGAAAGGAAUGAACAAGAGAAAAUGAGGACAAAAGAGAAGAUAAUGUCCUAUAUACGUCAUCUCAAUAAACCGUUACAACGAGAAAUUCCUGCACUUUUUGACUGGUUUGGAGACUUGUUUUUGGAAUAUCAAGAUGAGUUUGAGAACGGUGGUAAGGAGGAUAAUUCAAAAAAAGGAUAUAAGCAACAACACUCCUCCGAAAACAACCAAGAAAAUGAAUCGAAUUAUGGUCAAUCUGUGAUUUUGGAAAGAAAACCUUCAAAAACCUUAGAAACUACAGAAGUUGAAAAUUCCACUGAUACUAAGACUACUGAAGAAAACAAUAGUGAAUUGAAUGAGAAACCCCUGGUUCCUAAAAUAAUUAAUAAGGAUUCAUUGAAGGAUACAGAAAGUAAAAACGCUGAUAAUGAAAGUGAAAGAAGUGAAAAUGAUACAACAUAUCGAAUUCCAGAAUUGAGGACUACGGAAAGAAUGAGUGCAAAUGAAAUAGAAGAAGUGGAACAUACAAAACUGGAAUUUUCCUCUACUUCAAAGCUAGGGCUACAAUCGAAAGAUGAUAAUUCAAUAGUUACAGAGAUUAUUGAACAGCAAUCGUCUCUCGUACCCGAAAAAGUAACAAUCUCCAACUAUGAGAAUACAGAAAAAACACUAGCAAGAGAAAAAAGAGAUCAAAUGAAUGAAAAUUUUGCUAUGGAUAACUCAGUAUACCCACAAAAUGAAUAUUUAGGAAACAACGAUUUUGAAGUUAAUGGCAAUCCUAACAUAGAGUUGAAUCCAAACGAGCAGCAGUUGAAUGAUUUAUAUCCAAACGAAAAUUAUGGCAAUCCAUACCCGAAUAAUCCAGAGGAAGGAUAUCCAUUUCUUGGAAGCCCACAAGUAAUGGAAAAGGUUGACAAUAGGCCUUAUACUGGUUAUCAUAGUAUGAUCAGCGAAGAAAAAAGUGAUGAACAGUUGAGAUUACCAGUUUAUACAGAAGAACGAGAUUUUGGAAGACAUACUUGGAAGGACAUGAACAUUUUUGAAUUGAAUCAGGGAUUUACUCUUCCAGACGACGCACCUAGGAUGAAUGCGCUAGAAUUCAUCAAUAAUAAUGGUGGAGUGACAUACUCCUACCUUAAAACUUCAAGAUCUACGACGGAAGCAGAAAGUACAAAUACAGAGUUUGAAAUGAUUCAUGAAGAAAAAACACCAGAAAGCGAACCAACAACGUUUGUGCAGAGAAUAAAUGACAAGAAAUUAGACCUACCAGAAGAAGCAAGCACGACCAGAAUACCAGCAACAAGUACAGUGGUUUCUGAUGCUUUUGACGCAACUGAUUCAAUUGAAAGCAUCGAAAAUAUCAGAGGGAAUAAUAAAUCUGUUUUUUUGGAAAUAGGAAAGACAAAAAUUUCAAUCUCAAAAGCUGACGAGAAAUCUAUUAAUACAAAAGAGAAAACGAAUUCUACAGAAGCAAACAUCGAUAAGGGCAUAACUACAACGAUUAAUCCAGAAGCAGGUGAAACAAUUCAACCAAAUAAUGAGCAAAAUUCUGGAAGGGCAGCCCAAACUAAGGGUAACCCUUUCCAACUUGUCAAUGAGGAUACACAAAGUAGUCAAAAUUUAGUAGUCAACCCUAAUAUGUGUCAAUAUGCCACACCUUUGGGACCAACCAGUAGGUUUGUCAUGGCACCAGACAAUAGAGCCCAAAUAAUCACCAUGGUACCUCCAGGUAGUGUACCAAAACCUCCAUUUUACGUGAUGAACCCUUCGGUGUAUUCCUACGUUCCUCCUAAUCCAGUCAUACCACAUUAUGGGCCUAUAGCUCAGCCAUAUAACCCAUACGCGAACGCGUAUGGUAUGAUGAAUGGUAUGAUGAAUAUCAACCCUUUGAGUACGGCACAAAUAACUCCGAUGAUAAGUAGUCCCCCAGUGCAAAUGGCAAAUAAUAACGGCCAAGUUUACCUUUGUAAUCCUGCCAUUCAAAGUGCAAGCUUACAACCAAACAACAUCCAACCUGCUGUUGAAAUAAGAAGCUCCAGCAAUCUGCAGGAGUCGUUUGAUAGGACGCCAUUGGAAAGACGAACCAGUAACAAAACAAGAUCAUCCUUGAACUGUCCAAUAGAUGAGCAAAGCUGCAUGGAUGAUAGCAAAUGUAUCAGUAUAAGCCACGUCUGUGACAAUGAGGUGCAUUGUGAUGAUGGUAGUGAUGAAACCUUCUGUUCGUGCAGAGAAAGGAUAGCAAAAAUAAGAUUGUGCGAUGGUUUCUUGGAUUGUCCUGAUGGAGAGGAUGAGAUGGGUUGCUUUGGUUGUUCAGAGAAUGAAAUAAAUUGCGACGAUUGGUCCAGGUUCAGAAGAGGAACUUGCGUACCAAUGUCUCAGAGAUGUGAUGGCAUAAGACAAUGCGAAGUCACUGGAAGAGAUGAAGACGAUUGUACCAUCUUAACUGAUCAUAUUGGAGAGGCUAACCCGUUGAAAAUAUCGAAUGCUGCAGGGUUCUUGCAUAGGAAUUAUAAAGGGAAAUGGUAUCCAACCUGCAUGGGUUCUGAAGUAUGGGCCUUGGAUGUUUGUAAGGUCGAAGCUGGACCCAGUACAGUAGCACCAUUAUCUCACCUAUUUCCAACCACUGAAAAAUACGAGGGCGAAUACAUCAAUCUUUUACCCAAUAAGGAAGUGAGUUUCCAGGAAAGUUGCGUUAAAGACAGAGCUGCUUUUGUUGAAUGUCCUCCGCUCUUCUGUGGUUUGCGGAUGACAAUUAAGAACCCUUACAGAUCGCAGGAAGUGGAUACAAGCAUCGAGGACAUGAUGAAUCACCUCAACAGACAAGAUUAUACAUUCGGGGAUGAUUUUUACGCAUCUAGAAUAAAAAAGGAAACCUUGAAUAGGAGCAAAAGAUCAGAGGACUUCAUUUUGGGAGGUAAACGAGUAGUUGGUGGAAGAGCAAGCCAGCCAGCUGCCUGGCCUUGGGUUGUGUCGAUAUACAAAAAUGGUAUCUUUCACUGUGGAGGAGUGAUUAUAAAUGAGCUGUGGGUUAUAACUGCAGCUCAUUGCGUUGAUAAAUAUUGGCUCUUCUACUACGAAAUUCAAGCUGGUAUCUUGAGGAGGUUCUCCUAUUCACCCAUGGAGCAAGUACGAUGGGUAGUUGCAACCGUCGCCCAUGAAGAAUACGACAAAACCAACCUGAAGAAUGACAUAGCCUUGAUGAAGCUUUCCUCUGCAGUAAGAUACAACAGAUACGUACGUCCAAUUUGUUUACCAUCUGAGAGAACAGCCGGUACAGAUUUUCGUCGAGGUCCCCCUCCAGGAACAAUCUGUACAACAGUGGGAUGGGGAGCAACCAUAGAGCAUGGAACUGAUCCCGAUCACAUGAGAGAGGUAGAGGUUCCAAUCCUCAAGAAUUGCAAACAUCCGGAGGACAUUGAAGGCAGAGAGAUUUGUGCUGGUCUCUUUGAGGGAGGUAAAGACGCCUGUCAGGGUGACAGUGGUGGUCCUUUCAUGUGCCAAAAUCCAAAUAACCCAAGCCAGUGGUAUUUGGCAGGAAUUGUAAGUCAUGGUGAGGGUUGUGCUAGACCAAAUGAGCCAGGAGUUUAUACAAGAGUAAGCCAAUACAUCGACUGGAUAGCUGACAACAUGAGAGAAGAAAAAUUCUUUUCGAGGGCGCCUCUGCAAAGGUGUCCUGGUUACAUCUGCAAAGGAACGAAUAAAUGCAUUCCGAAGAAACGACAUUGUGACAGUGUUGUAGAUUGUCUGAUGGGAGAUGACGAAAUGAACUGUGGAAAUACUUUCCACAACAUAUUUAAAUUUUCAACGGAUUCAUACAUGCCUUUUCUUCGAGCAACAAAUGAUAUCAAAACGGCAGCUGAUAACAGUACUGAAAACAAUGAUGACAUUCUUGGAGCUGUUAUCAUCAAUGCAGAUUUCGAAAAUUCAACGGUUUUGCCAGUCAAAUCUCCAGUUAACAAAAAAGAUGAAAAUAUUAAUUUAACCAAAGUUAUGUAUCGCUAUGAGAGGAAAAAAUAUUACAACAAUAAUACAAAUAAUCCUGAUUAUUUCAGAUGUAAUAGGUUACUCCAAAUGAUUCCUAUACAAAAACGCUGCGAUAAGAAGUUCGACUGCGAAGAUGGUACAGAUGAAGAGGGAUGCAGAUGUGUUGAUUACAUCAAAUUUUCGCAUCCCGAUGUUAUAUGCGACGGAUUUGUGGAUUGCAAGGAUAGAAGCGAUGAAUCUUCUUGUUUUGCUUGCAGAAAAGAAGAGUUCAACUGUUUUAAGAGUAAGAUGUGUAUUUCUUCGAAUCUUGUUUGCAAUGGCAAACCUGAUUGUGAUAAAGGAGAGGAUGAAAUGGACUGUGUUGCUCUGACUGACGGGAAAACUGUGAUCUUGGACAACACACAUAGGCCAAAUAUGAGCCUAGCUGGUAUAGUUAGUGUAAAACGCUACGGAAUAUGGAAAACCUACUGCAAUACCACGCAGUCAAAACCUGAUGCAGUUAUAGCUACCAACAUUUGCAACUACUUGGGUUUUGGAGAGUACACGGGAUUCAAAAAAAUCAAGAUUAGCGAUCGACAGUUAUCAGUCGAAUACCCUGGAUCAGUUAAACCUCAAGUAGAUAGCUCAACCAAUACAAACAUAACUUGUGAUGGCUUGUAUGUUUCCUGUUCUAAUUUAAAUCAUGAUGGAGGUCUUGAUUGGACAAAAAAGAAGGAAUUGAAUGAAUCCACUGUGACUUUUGAACCUACAUGGAAUGCCGCGAUUUUUUCAGAUGGUACCUACAAAUGCAUGGGUACUAUACUGAACGAAAUUUGGAUUCUUACAUCGCAAGACUGUUUUGAUGGUAUAGAACUUUCCAGCACCUACUACUUAGCAGUCGUUGUUGGCAAAGGUGCUAGAUACUUAGAUGUACCUGGUCCAAAUGAUUACGUACAGAGUGUUGCGGAAUCUUAUCGAGUGAACGAUACCGAUAUGUUUAUCCUAAGGAUGGAGAAUGCGAUAAAGUUCAACAGAUAUAUCCAACCAACACACCUCAAUAUUCGGAUCGAUAAAAUGAGAAAGGAAAAAUGCGUAGCAAUGGGGAUGAAGCGCGGAAAGCCAAAAAUGGUAUUUUUAGAAACGAAAUCCAACUGUUCUGAAGGUCAAACAUGCUUUUCAGCAGCUUCUGGUGGUAAUUGCUUGGAGGGACCAUGGGGCGGUGUUGUCACAUGUUACGCUGGGAACGGUUGGUAUCCAGCCGCAGUAUUCGGCUCAAUCGGAGAAAGUUGUCCAUUCAAAGAUGAUUCUAACUUCACUAGUGUUAGAUAUUGGGCACAAGAGCUGAAAAUAUUCACAGACUCAUCGAGUCCGGCACACCAAGAAAGUUAUUGUGAAGGUUUUCGUUGUGAUUUGGGCAACUGUAUCGAUGUAGAUAUGCUCUGUGAUGGUAUACCGCAAUGUUUAGGCGGUGAAGAUGAAACCAUGCACUUCUGUGAGAAACGACAAAACGCUUGUCGUGUUUUGAAAAAUUGUGUAUGCCCUGUGGAUCAUCUGACAUGUUUGAACGGCAAAUGUGUCCACAAAUCCAAAUUUUGCGACAGGGUGAACGACUGCGGUGACUACUCUGAUGAACCUCCUCGAUGUACCUGCAGAUCGUUCUUGAAAUUAACACAUCCAGAGAAGGUCUGCGAUGGACACGUGAACUGUUUCGAUGGUUCAGAUGAAAACCCAAGAAUGUGUCGAUGUAAACCAGAUGAUUUAGUUUGCAGAAAAUCUAAUGUCUGCAUCUCCAGUGAAAUGAUUUGCAAUGGUUUUGUGGAUUGUCCCGACGGAGAAGAUGAGCAGGCAUGUUAUCAAUUAUCUUCUAAGAAAUCUGAUACUCCUAAAAGUGGAGCGGUACUAACCACAACUGCUGGUCAACUGUUCGAAAGCUGUUUCACAGUGUCACCCUCCGCCUCAGAACUAGACGACAUCUGUCAUCAUCUUGGUUAUGAAUCCUGCAAGUCCUACCGUUUGGAGUCUCCCUCAAAUAAGGACAAUACUACUCUUGUUCCUGUAAUCGACUCCUUCGAUGUGGUGUGGUUGAGGAGUGAGGGGAAGGUACCACUUCUGUUCCGUAAGAGAACCGGAAACGACGCCUACUUGACUGUCCGGAAACAGAGUAACUGUCAUCGACUGCAUAUCGAAUGUAACUAGGUACCAUGUGGUGUGGAUUGAAUAAACAAUGCAAAGUUUUAUUGUGUUAAAAGUUGAACGCUCUAUAUUGAAAUUCAAAAAAGGGGCUGAUAGAUAUAGGUUUUCUAGUUUUUAUUAAAUGAAUAUAACAAUAA